GAUACACUGAGCCGUUUGAUUCAACAACGCGCCUUUCUACGUGCGAUGAAUCGUUCCGCGUUUGAUGAAGUGGUUCAUCUUGCGAGUCAACUGACAAGUAUUCGUGUUGCCGUGGGAUUUAUCAACGAUUUUAUGCGACAGGCGACCCACGCGCUUAAGGUUGAGACAGCCAUAGUGCCCCAACAGAGGGGUUGCGGUGCUGAUCUCCACAAUACAGCAUCGAAACUUCUUGUAGAUCUUCUUGAAGCUCAAGAAUUAUGGUUUGAUGCAGCCUCGACUACUACUGCAGGACUUGUGAUGGAUAAUACUGUCUUGACAAAUACAUCCGCAGGAGCUGACGUGGAACUUAGUCUAGUUGAAUGCUUUUUUGCCGCACAGAACAUUGGCACAAGACUGAAGUCACAUCUUCGGGAACUUAUUCGCAACUUGUUAGAAAUAUACCCGCCUCGAGGUAUAACUUCAGAGCGUCAAGGUGUAGAAAUCUCCUCAGCCUCGAUGUCACCCACCAUUUCACAUUCAAGCAGAGAAGUUUUCCAACCACUCGCAGCAAAUGAGCUCUUAGCAACAGGGAAUUCAACGAUUUGCAGACGGGUUCAGGAGAUAUACAGAGUGAGAACAGCACUGCUCAUUGAGAGGUCUUCAUCAGUAAUCACUCUGAUUGACCGUCUCAACUCGCGUCUCCAUUCAUUAACCGCUGAAAAUCGGGAAACACGGGCCCACUUCGCACUUUCUCAAUCUUCUAGGCAUAAUUUGCCUUUUGUUACAACAAGAUAUGUUACCGUGUCAAUUUCAAUUAAAGAAGAGGAAGACGCACAACUGUGUCUUACAAAUGAUCUAAAUCCAAUGAAUUACUUCGAUAAUCUUAUAGGCAUUCUUACUAGCACACUUGGCUUAUGGAUAAGUUUGAUACUCGUUGUUGAAAUCCAUUGGAAAAACGUUCGAGUUCCGAGAGAUAGGUUGCUGCAACUGAGAAGUCUUCAGGUGGAAGAUGAAAGUAUUCGAGGGGUCUCAAAAAGUGUUUCUGACAGAAAUCCUGAAGAUGGAGCAAAUGCAAAUCAUGGAGGGUCUUAUGAACAUUGCAGUAUCAUCCCAUCCAAUUCCAUGCCUCAAAAAUUGAUUCCCCUUAGUGAAGAAGGUAAAUCAAUCUUUUCGGUUUCACACACAAACAUAUUCACUAAUGAUAGUAAUUAA